UUUAUGUUAGUUCUACUAAGGCACGGGGACUGACGGAAAGCGAAGACGUAAUGGAGUGAUCCUUGGUGUUCUUGCAAUGGUCAUCCUAUCAAUAUAUUUUGGUAAAUUCCACAACCGGGAGUUGCUAUGAAGGCUGGAGCCUCGUCCAUGUGGGCUUCAUGCUGCGGACUGCUGAAUGAAGUGAUGGGGACCGGGGCGGUGCGCGGACAGCAGCCCGGCUUCGGGGCGGGCGCCGGACCCUUCCGCUUCGCCCCCAGCGCCGGCUACUCCACCUACCCGCCCGCCAGCUCAGGGAGCCCCUGCCUCGUAUGCAAGGCCUGCGGCCAGGCCUUCUCCGUCUUCAGGAGGAAGCACAUCUGCUGCGACUGCAAGAAGAACUUCUGCUCCCUGUGCUCAGUGCUGGCGGAGAACCUGCGCAGGUGCGCCACCUGCCACCUGCUGAAGGGCACGGCCUUCCAGCGGCCACAGCUGAUGCGCCUGCGCGUCAAGGACCUGCGGCAGUACCUGCUGCUGCGCAACAUCCCCACCGACACCUGCCGCGAGAAGCAGGACCUGGUGGACCUGGUGCUGUGCCACCAGGGGGCGGGCGGCGAGGAGGACCCCGACGCGGCCAGCCUGCACGCCCGCCCCCGCUCCCGCUUCACCCCGCCCCCCUCCACCGUGCGCUCCGCCUCCGAGCAGUCCGCGCUCUCCGCCUCUCAGGGAGAACCCUUCAGCAGGAGCGAAAGCUCAGGGACCACCCUCCAGGAUCAAGGCGAUGCCACGUCUCUCUCCCUCUUGAACCUGGAGACUCAUGAAAACACGCCAGAGGCCAGCCCGUUGACCCGGAAGCGGGCCCGCGCCUCCCUGACGGACAUCGCCAGCUUAGAAGACAUCGAGAACCUGUCCGUCAGGCAGCUGAAGGAGGUCCUCGCCCGCAACUUCGUCAACUAUUCGGGCUGCUGCGAGAAGUGGGAGCUGGUGGAGCGCGUGAGCAGGCUGUUCAGAGAGAACGAGCAGAACAGGAAAUCCAUGGAAAAUGUGAGCAACAGUAUAACUGCAGUGGUUGCCUAUCCCCCUCCUAUCUGCAAUGGUGGACUCGGAGACGGCGAGAGGCUGCCGCUGACCAACAGCGAGGACAACCUGUGCCGGAUCUGCAUGGACGCGGUGAUCGACUGCGUGCUGCUGGAGUGCGGUCACAUGGUCACCUGCACCAAGUGCGGCAAGCGGAUGAGCGAGUGCCCCAUCUGCAGGCAGUACGUGGUGCGCGCCGUGCACGUCUUCAAGUCCUAACGCCGCCGCCGACGCCCCGGCUCCUCCUCCGCUCCUCCGCUCCUCCUCUCCUCCGCUCCUCCUCUCCUCCUCUUCUCCACUUCUCCGCUCCUCAUCUCUCCAGUCUGGACAGUCACGGGCCAUACUGUGAAGCCGCCCUUUUUUUCUUUUUUCUUUUCUUUUUUAUGAACUCACAGCUCCAGAGUGUAUUUUUGAAUUUAUUUUACAAAAUUAUUUUUCCAUCUUGCAUCAGCUCAUGUCAUCUACAUUUAUAUUCUGAUAACGUGAUGCUCAAAGGGAUUUUGAUUUUUUUUAAAUAAUGAUUUCUUACAUUUUUUUUUAUGCAACGGUUUUUUUUUUGUGAGUACGACCAUGUACUGCUUAAUGGGAACAAGAAAUCUCUGUGCUUGUAAACACUACAUGCAGCAGGGCCUUUGCUCCAAACUACAUUCCACAUUUUUUGCAUAACUGCAUUCCACUAAAUUUAUUUCUGACUUCUGACUUGUUUCCAGUUAUCACCGACGUGUUCUUUUGACACGUCAACUUUAAUUUGAAUGUGGGCUGUACAAUCAUAUUCGCAAUGAUUAAACAAAAAAAAAAGAUGAAGAAAAAAGUGAUUUAAUCCUUGCUGUUUGAGGAACUGCAUCACCACUAAAAAAAAUAAUUGUAGCAUUUGUAGAGCUGAGCACUACCUGAAUGAGCUGCAGAGAACUGCGGUAACUCUGUUUUAUCGAAUACGUACUGUACUAGAGCAGAGGGGGUGUCGUGAAUUAGGUGCCAAAUGUAGGAACGUGCGAGAGCAGAAGCGUCUCUCUCUCUCCGCGUUCUCUUUCUGCGUAGGCGCGGCUUUUAAUUAGCACGUCAUGGGUUUCCCAUGCCUUCAGUUCUAGUGUCAGAGACCUGCACUCUACCAAACAAGGUUAACCCACACCCCAUGAGGUUAAAAAACAAAACCUGCGUUUCUACCUUUACAGUCAAAAUGUAUACAGAUUAAUUCUGUAGGCGUAUGCCUGUUUGGCCAGGCUGAAAAUAGCCACCCAAGGCCAGGUUGUCUGGUAAACUCGAUAUCAGAACAGCAAUAUUUCAGAUUUUUUGUGCCCCCUUGUAACUGUUCACCAUCGUGUUCUUCUUCAACACUGCGAGUGUUGAAAUAAAAAAGGAGAAAACGGGUGCUAAGUAUAUUCAAGUAUUUUCCCUUCUGUUUGAGAUUAUCUUACACUACAUAUCUUUAACUCUGUUGUGGAUGUGCUUUUAUGAAAUAUUUUUUCAAGUGGGAGUAAAACCUUGAGAUGUGUUUUACGUUAAAUUAAGAGUAACACAUAGAACUAACAAAUAUCAAAGAUGAUCUAUCUGCAAGUUUAUUACUCACGCUUGUGGUACAUAGAACUAUAUAUAGAGGAAAAGUGAAUUGCUGUACAGUUGCAUAUAAUGUUUCAUAUCACUAACUAUGAGAUGUAUAUAUCUAUAUUUUUUUCCAUUUGCUUUGAAUGUUUAAUAUCUGAUUUUUGAAAAUGUCCCUCAGAUUGACUUAGUUUAUUAUCACGGUAAAAUUGUACUGCUCACUGGUUGAAAUGUUGCCACCUUUUUUCUUUUUUUUUUAAUGCUCGGUCAGUGGGUCUGCAAAUGAAAAGCAGAUGUUACAGAAGCUGGGGUGCACCCCCCUUUCUCCAAUUCCGUCUUUACUUUUAUGCUUCUGCUGUUAACCUUCACACAGUUUUCGGUUAUUUACCAGUUUCUCACCCCUGUCCUGCUCUGGGCUGGCUAUCCGAUAUGAAACGUCUUCAUGUACCGAGCACUAUGCCGUGGACGACGGUGUCAUUGUAUGCUGCUAUUUCUCUAAAGAUGUCACAUGCAGGCGAACUCCGCGACAGAGCAGGCUUCGGACGAGACGCCCCCCAUGAAAUGUGUAUUUUAAGCAAACAGUUUGCGAGGUCUAGUCUUUGUAUUUUGGAAUGUUGAACUUUUUAUUUUGGUAAUUUAAAAAAAAAAAAAAGAAAUGAAAAGAAAAAAAGACUUUAAUAAAAAUACAGUACCUUGGGUAA